CAUGAACGUGGAGAGAGGAGGACUUCUUGAGCAACACCAACUAAAGCACCAUCAUUGACCAACCUAACCUUGACACCCGACGACUCAAGUCCUGGGUGACGACGACUCAACGUCCACUCAGUAACACCUACAAUUCAUACCAACUGUAGACGGGCCCGGCACACCAAGCAGUAGUUCCAUACUGUAUACCUUAGGCAUGCCGAUAAUGAAGUACCGCGCAACACGAUAGCUCUCCCUCCUCGCGACACCCGGACGCCGAGUCAAACACACACCACCAUCAUGGCCGACCGAUACGGCCAGCAGCCGCAAUCCUAUCGGGGCAACAGCGGUUUCGGCAACCUUGGCCGGCGUAACGACGACUACGAUCCCUACGGUGACGGAUAUCCCAGCGACCGCUAUGGCACCAGCACUAACCCGGCUUCAAGACCAUCGACGGCCUCCCGAAAUGCGCCCCCGCCCCGGUCUGCCCAGCGUGGCCGCACGGGUGCCGGCGAUAUGCAGAUCCAGUCCAAUGCCGAGCGCCAGAUUGGAAACGUGCUGGAUCUGAUCAAGAGAGAAUGGCCCGCCAUGGUCGAGACAGACUGCAUCCCCGUCCAGCUGGCUCUACAGCUUCUCGACACCAGCUCCGUCGGCCGCGCCCACGAAUACCGCAACUUCCAGCAGACACACCAGUUCCUCCAAGAGUCCCUCAAGAACAUUGUCCACGACCACCACCAAGGCUUCAACAGUUCCAUUGGUACAUUCCACAAGAUCCAAGGGAGCAUACAGUCCUCCCAGAAGAAGGUGCGCGCCCUCAAGGAGUCGCUGGCAGCCUCCAAGACGGCACUCUGCACCACCAAUCCCGAACUCAAACAGCUACAUGCCACGUCACGCAUGUACGAUGGCGUCCUACAAACACUGAACGAGCUCGAUGACUUGCGCACCGUUCCAGACCAGUUGGAGGCCAGGAUAUCCGAGAAGCGUUUUCUGACCGCCGUCGAGGUCCUGCAGAAUGCGCUACGGAAGCUGAGGAAGCCCGAGCUGGAUAACAUUGGUGCCCUGAGCGACCUGCGAAGCUAUCUUGCAAAUCAGGAGACCGCCCUCAUGGAUAUCCUGGUGGAAGAGUUGCACGAACAUCUCUAUCUGAAAUCACCGUACUGUCAGGAAAGGUGGCAGAACCUGGCAAAGGUCCAGGGAAUUUCUCAUGAGACCUAUGGAGACGCCCCAGGCGUGGCACCCUUCCACGGAAUCUUGGACACCAUUGACUGGGAAAAGUCCGUGGCUGAGGAUCCCCAAAAGAAUCCCGAGGCGGACACGUUUUACUAUGUGACCCUCCUCGUUGAAGCUCUGAACAGACUGGGAAGGCUAGAGACAGCGGUCGACAUGCUCAAGCAGAGGUUACCCGUCGAGCUUUUCGCGGUCGUCAAUGAGACUAUCAACGAUGUAGACCAGAAGCAUCCGAGCUCACUACGCGGAGGCGCGUCUGGGUCUCACGGCCUUAACAUUUACGGUCACCGCGAAACCCGAAUGCGAGCAGACGUCAUUCACGAUUUGCUAUCGACGCUUUACGGCAAGUUCGAGGCCAUCGCUGAGGGUCAUCGGGUGCUACACGAAGCCAUCAAAGCCUUGAUUCGCCGUGAAGGUGCUGGCAACAACAGUGUGCUGCUAGGGGGCUUCAAGGAGCUCUGGAACCUCUACCAAAACGAGAUUCGGGCACUCCUGCACAACUACGUUACCACCGAUGCGGAUGUCUAUCAGUUCAGCCGUACACCCAGACCUGGCAUGGGCAUGAAUGGCAGGGCGGAUUCUGCCCGCGACAAUCUCUUCAAGUUCUCCGAAGUUGAUGCCAAGUCAGCCGAAAUGGCCUCGGAAUAUGAGGCCUUGGACUCCAUCAUCCGGGCCGCCGUACCUGGACUUACGGACAGCACCCGGCGUGACAACAAGAAGGGUUCUUUGAUCAUCCCGCGAUCUGAGCCAAUUACUUCGAGGAAGUCGGCAGGGUACGGCUCAGGAAGCAGUCAACAGAACAGUGGCACUUACAAAUCCCUGGUAGAGCCCAGCGUGUUCAACAUGAGCCUGCUUCUACCACCUACUCUCAUCUUCCUUCAGAGGUUGAAGAGCAUUGUGCCCCCGGGGUCCGAUCUGGCAACCAGCACGCUGACAUCGUUCCUUGACAACUUCCUCGUCAAUGUCUUCCAGCCUCAACUCGACGAGACCCUUGGAAAGCUCAGUGAUACUGUCUUUGGCGAGGCAGACGCCUUUCAGCAAGACUCGGACUGGGCCCAAGUUGCGAAGCGGCCUGUGUACAAGGGAACCACAGCCUUCUUCACAGUCAUCACAGCCUUUUGCCGGAUGCUGGGCACUAUUCCCCACGACCAAGCGCUGAGUACGCUCAUCAUCACCCAAAUGGUCCGAUACUACGACCGCUGCUUCAGCUGGUACAAAGCCCUGGUCACCAAGACACAAGAAGGGGGGGACAAGCAGAUCAGGGAAAAGGAAAAGCUUCGGGCAUCUGCCAUUCUCGCCACCGAGCCUAGUGAAGUCCGCGAGACGAUACAGAGGCUGUGGAAGUCGGAAAACCUGAACGAUCUGGAGCUUCUUUACCGCGAGGUGAACCAGCUCAUCGCGUGGGCCAACGGUCGGGACCUGGACGCCAGUGACAUCAUUCAGGAUCGCGACAUGAUUCAGUCCAUGUGUCUGCUAUACACCAGUAUGAAGUGGCUGUCGGUUAAGAUCCACGGUCUGCGUCACAUAACGCGUAACGAGACGGACUCAUCCAAGUCGAGCUUCCCGACCAAGGCGGAGAAGAAGCGCUGGACGCUGCUGAACGACCCGAGCAAAGCUACAGGAGGGGAAGCCCCCGUUUACCUGCCUAUGACGGAGGAGACCGUUGAAAACUUUGAUAGUAUCCUAGUAUCCUACGACGAGCUCGCCUCCACCGCCCUCCUCACUCUACACCUUGAAAUCCGCACUCGCAUCCUGCACUCCCUCCAAACGGCCCUGUCCCCGCUCACCACGGCCCCCUACCUGCUCGAUCAGGAAGUCAACGAGCCGGACCCGGAGAUCCUCUCGCUCAACUCGGAAAUGGUGGCCUACGACGAAAUUCUAGUGAGAUGCCUCCGCCUGCGCGAGGUUCAGUUUGUCAGGAACGGCCUCGGCAAGCUGAUCAACGGGUUCCUGAUCAAGAACGCGCCCAUGACGGCGCCCAUGAACGCCAAGGGGUGCGGGCGCAUGCAACUCAACAUCCUUGUGCUGCAGCAGAACCUCAAGAAUAUCGAGGAAGGAGUCGAUCUCGUGAGGGCAAGUAAUUACUUUGAGAUGUUUGAGCGCGGAGUGGAUGCCAUUCUCGAGAAAGCCAGGGAAGGCGUCGCCUCUUCUGGCUCCCAGGAAACUGGUGACGCAGGACGAAAAAGUGAAGACGCCGGAGAAGAAGGGGCGGAGACGCCCAACUCGAGAAAGUCGGCGGAAAUUUUUGGGGACGAUAAGGACCGGUUCAGCUACGAUGAACUCAAGGCGCUCGUGGAGCUGUGUUAUAGCGAGCAGUUGGCGGAUCCGGAGCGCGGCGUGGCGGCGGCGGCGAAGAGGCAGAUGGCGGAUAAGUUGCUGAAUUUGAGCGAGUACAUGUGGCAGUCUUAGGUGGAUUUGCAGGACAUUUAGACUUGGGCUGGUAUCAUUAGCAUGGUUAAGAGGUAGAUUCGAUAAUUCACGAGUGUUAAUUCUUAUUUUUUAUUCUCUUA